AUGAUAGGAAGUGUAACUCCAGAAGAGGUUCUUUCUCAUACCCAAGCAACAACUGAGUUUUUAUGCUCACUGAGCGCCAACAUCUUUGAUAUAAGAUUUGGAAGCUUCAGACUCAGAGAUAUGGACUCCAACACAAUUCUCCUAGACCUAGAAAGAGAUUUUGAGCCUCAGACUGAAGAAUCAAGAUUUAUUAGCUAUAAUUUCCCUCCUGAGUUCUUGAAUCUGCGCACAGUAGGCUCUUUGAUUUAUUUUUCUGUAGGAGAAUACCCUGUCUCUAACUUUAGAAUGAUAGAAAGGCACUACUUUAAGGACAGACUGGUGCAGAAUUAUGAUUUCACUAUUGAUUUUAUGAUACCAAGAACCAUCAACUCUAGAGAGUUUAUCUAUACACUUCCAGAGCUUACUGAGGAGCAAAAAGAAGAUAUUAUGCUGAGUCCAAGAGAAAUGAAGUCAGAUAGCUUCUUUUUUGCUGAUGGUCAGCUUAUCAUGCAUGUCAGGGCAGAAUAUGAUUAUUCAGGCUAG